AUGGCGGCGACAAGCGCAAUCUACAAACCGCUUGACCCAGACGUCAGGCAGAUUCGUCUCCUUACACUGCAUCGAGCAAUCGAUCACACGAAACUCAUCUCCGUGAAGCUCGAGACAGUGCCAUUCACCCCUGAAACAGAGUAUAUCGCUCUCUCAUACGUCUGGGGCAAUCCUAAUGUUGGCGUGGAUAUUCUCGUCAACGAAGUUCCCUUCUCAGUUGGUGUCAAUCUGGCGUCUGCAUUAUGGGACUUCCAUCAGCACAAGCUCCUGUGCGGGGUUCCCGACGGAAGACCCCUGCCACUCUGGGUCGAUGCCAUUAGUAUCAAUCAAGAUGACCUGCGCGAAAGGUCAGAACAGGUGGCCUUCAUGGGCGCAAUCUACGGCAAUGCGAGGCAUGUGUUCUCUUGGCUAGGACGUCCGGAUGAAAAGAAAAUCGACGUGGCUCUUGACCUGAUACACGAUAUCAUGGGUUGGAUGGAUCCCGAGUACAUCUCGGACAGUGAUGAAGACAUUGAUCUGGGGCGCAGCGGGGAGGGGUCCGAGAUACACUCAGAUGAUGAUUAUGAUGAUGCUUGUGCUUUCCGAAGGCCCGAUGGAGGAGACAAAGUCCAAGAUUCAGAAGAAGCCGAUGUCGAGAACUGCAAUAGCAUCUUCGAUGAGAGUUCUCUGGAUCUAGAGUCUGUCAGUACUCACAUUGGAGUUUACGAACAUUUGCCGUCGAGGUAUACUGAUUUGUUGGAUCCGUGCUAUAACCCUCACGAGCCCACCAUCAAAUACUUUCUGGAAGGGAUUUCGAGACGACCAGAUCUUUGCGUAAGCAAUAUAGACGACUUUAUUAUGCCAAAUGAGCUAUGGAACACUAUCUGCGAAUUGUUUUUUUCGCCAUACUGGACUCGGGUGUGGGUGCAGCAGGAAAUGGCAUUGGCACGACAAACAGACCAUUGUCAUAGACUCUUCUGCGGGCGUUCGCACCUCUCUAUGAAAAACUUGGACACGUUCGCUAAGAUUACAGAUGGUGCUGCGACUUUAAGGCUACGUCCAUCUCAGAUGGACGAAACUCUCUGGAACGUAUUACACACUGGAAUUUGGCAGUGGCUAAAUACCCUUACGUAUAUUGUUCGCCGUCUUCGACCGGCCAGGCAGGAACAAGGAUUGGACAGAGUCUAUCCACUACUUUCCGUCGCUACUAGUUGCAAAGCUACAGAUCCCAGAGACGCAGUCUAUGCACUUGAUGCUGUUUUGGGCCUCGGCAUGACUCCCAAUUAUGAUUUGCCGGUGAAGGACGUGUAUCUCCAAUGGUUUCACCAAGAGCGAAAGAAGCUUGAACUGGAAUCAGGGAACCUCAAUUUUUUCUAUACAACUAUAUUGAAUUAUGCCAGCACUACCAUAGGGGAUGACCGGGAAAAUUCCAUCCCAUCGUGGUUGCCAGACCUGCGUGCAGUCCGAAAUCCAACUAUAUGGAAUCGGUUUCGAAGAGACAAAAUUGAUCACAGCAUCAUGCCUCAGACCUUGACACAUUUCAAGGGGGAAGAGAUGAAUGUUUGUGGGUGUAUGUGUGGCACAAUCGAAAGCCUUCGUCCUUUUUCAGGUCUAUGGAAUUCGGAAGAACUGGAAGAUAUUGGAGAAAUUUUCAGGCAAUUCGAUGACUUCAUGAAACAGCAAACGAAAUCUCAAGCGGACAUCAGAGAAGUGUUCGAGCCAACCCUUGAAAAGGCACUUAUUCAGGCGUUGUGUCAAGGACGAGACCCGAGACAUAACGACAACCGGAAAGUAGACAACUGGCAAUUAUUCUGGAACGUUAUUCGAUAUUGUGCAACGGAAAACCCUACAUUGACUGGGGUAUCCAAGAUACUGCUGGAUGAUAUCAAUGAUCUAAUACAAGAUUUCCCGGUAAAUCCAAUACGAGGCUCGCAUAUAUCACAGGCAUCUAUAUCGGCACCGCUUUUCCUAAGAUUGAUGCAGAAAAAUCUCACCACCUCGAUAGAAUCACAGAUUCUGAUGACAAAGAAUGGAUACGUCGGUCGGUGUUAUAUGGCUGUUCGUCGCGAUGAUCAAGUUUGCAUUUUGAAUGGGAUCGACUAUCCAGUUGUCCUAAGAAGAGUGGACGAGUCUUGGAUCUUUGUCGGCAUGUGUUAUGUUUAUGGUAUUUCGCAUGUGGACGCAGCUGAAGUCAUAAAACGGGACGGGCUCGAGGUAGAAUGGUUUUCAAUUCGCUAG